UUAGUUCCCCUUGUGGAUGUUGUUGAAUGUGAAACGGAGACACACGCACGAGCGGUCCGACUGCGCUGUGAUCCCGCAGACCCGCGGAUUUUGGCGUCCGAAGCAGGAGACGCAGGGCGUUGAAUCGCACUGGAUCGGUCUUGAGACGAGGACAGAAAGAGCAUCUCAGUCAGCAUGGAUCAUCCGGCGUGGACGCCUCUCUCGCUUCAUUGACGAGCAAGAGGGAUGGGCCGUCUACGGGAUGAGUCUUUUUAGAUAGGGGAGACCCCGACCCUCAAUCCUUACGAGUCUCGACCAUGAAACUCGACCCAUCCUGAACCUUCCUGCUUAAUUCCUGCGACCCUCUCCCCCUCUUCCCCCAAACAUGGGCUCCAUAUACUUAUGGAAGCUGUCGUCGCAGAAGCUGGGCUUCUUCCUGGUGAGUUUCGGCUUCAUCUGGGGCAUGAUGCUGCUACACUUUACCAUUCAGCAAAGGACGACGCACGAGAGCAGCGCCCAGCUACGCAUGCAGAUCCUCGACCUGAGCAAGCGAUACAUCAAAGCUCUGGCCGAGGAGAACCAGGGCGUGAUGGACGGGCCGUACGUGGGGACCAUGACUGCAUACGAUUUGAAGAAAACAUUGGCUGUGCUGCUGGACAACAUCAUGCUCAGGCUGUCCAAGCUCGAGUCCAAAGUGGACACCAUCAUCAUCGUCAACGGCUCGGCCUCCAACCUGACCAACGGCACGGCGGCGCCCGCUCCUAGCACCGCCAAUGGGGACAAGGUCAACGUGGCAGACCUGCUUAAUGGGGCACAAGAAAAGUGUGAGCUGCCACCUCUUGACGGAUUCCCGCACUGCGAGGGCAAAAUGAAGUGGAUGAAGGACAUGUGGCGCUCGGACUCAUGCUAUUCGAACUACGGUGUGGACGGGACCACUUGCAGCUUCUUCAUUUACCUGAGCGAGGUGGAGAACUGGUGUCCUCGUCUGCCAUGGAGGGGCAGCAACACUAAUGACAAUGUUGAACAGGGACAGCUGGAGACCCGGCCGAGUCUGGAUGAACUGUACCGUGUGAUGUCUCGGCGUGAGGAGUUCCGCUGGAUGAUGUUGAGGAUAAAGCGGAUGGAGGAGCCGUGGAUCGGCGCCGUGCACUCACUCAGUCUCAAACAGGACCUGAGCAACCGCAAACGCAAGAAGAUCCUUGUGCACCUGGGCCUGCUGACAAAGGAGUCUGGCUUCAAGAUCGCUGAGAAUGCGUUCAGCGGGGGUCCGCUGGGGGAGCUGGUGCAGUGGAGUGACCUCAUCACCACUUUAUACCUUCUGGGCCAUGACAUCCGCAUCUCGGCCUCCAUCGCCGAGCUUAAAGAGAUCAUGAGGAAGGUGAUGGGAAACAAGUCCAGCUGUCCUACGCAGGGUGACAAAGUAGUAGAGCUCAUCUACAUCGACAUUGUGGGCCUGUCUCAAUUCAAGAAGACCCUGGGUCCCUCGUGGGUGCACUACCAGUGCAUGCUGCGAGUAUUGGACUCGUUCGGGACGGAGCCGGAGUUUAACCACGCUCAGUACGCCCAGUCCAAAGGCCACAAGACUCCGUGGGGCAAGUGGAACCUUAACCCUCAGCAGUUCAACACCAUGUUCCCUCACACCCCCGAUAACAGUUUCCUGGGUUUCGUGGUGGAGCAGCACCUGAACGCCAGCGACAUCAAGCACAUCGAUGACGUCAAGCGGCAGAACCAGUCGCUCGUCUACGGGAAGGUCGAUAACUUCUGGAAGGAUAAAAAGAAGUACUUGGACAUCAUCCACUCGUACAUGGAGGUCCACGCUACCGUACACGGCAGCAGCACGGUCCAUUUGCCGAGCUACGUCAAGAACCACGGGAUCCUCAGCGGACGAGACCUACAGUUCCUGCUCCGGGAGACCAAACUCUUCGUAGGUUUGUCAUUCCCAUACGAAGGCCCCGCCCCUCUGGAGGCUAUAGCCAAUGGGUGUGCGUUCCUGAACCCGAAGUUCAAUCCACCCAAGAGCAGCAAAAAUACGGAUUUCUUCAAGGGGAAGCCCACUCUGCGAGAACUGACUUCCCAGCAUCCGUACGCUGAGGUGUACAUCGGCCAGCCUCAUGUUUGGACGGUAGACAUUGAGAAUCCCGGAGAGGUGGACCGAGCAAUCCGAGCCAUCCUGAGUCAGAAGAUCGAGCCAUAUCUGCCAUACGAGUUCACCUGCGAAGGGAUGCUGCAGAGAGUCAACUCCUUCAUCGAGAACCAGGAUUUCUGUCAUGGUCAGGUGAUGUGGCCUCCUCUCAGCGCCCUGCAGGUGAAAAUGGCUCCUGCAGGCAAAUCCUGUAAGCAGGUCUGUCAGGAGGAGCAGCUGAUCUGCGAGCCGUCCUUCUUCCAGCACCUGAACAAGGACAAGGACCUGGCCAGGUUUGGUGUGGAGUGUAAGACGGUGGAGAGUGUCGGGGACGUCGGGGUUCCUGCGUUCAGCGAGUCGUCACGUCACUGCGUGCUGCAGGCCGACCUGCUGCUGUUUAGCUGCGCAGGAGCUCACGCUUCACUCCAGCGCAUCUGCCCCUGCAGAGACUACAUGAAGGGCCAGGUGGCCCUGUGCAAGAACUGCUUAUAACACACACACACACACACACACACACACACACACCAGUGUCUCCCCUUUAGCUUCCCUUUAGAGAAUGUUUUCACACAUUUAUACUGGCUGUGUACAAUAACCAGCGUUUGACCUUUUUACCGGAUAAUUAGUUGUUUAUUGUGAGCAGGCGAGCUGCAAAAUAUUUAUUGUUUGUGACACAAAUGAUUAGGUUUCACCUGUCGGGGCACUAAAGCUUUCUGGAGAUCUGCUUAAAAAAAAAAAAAACCAGGAUUUGAUUCCCAAACCUGAGUUAAUGACCAGUUACAAGCAUAAUCUCAUAUAAUCUCAGUUACUUAUAAUGAAUAGUUUACUUAUAAUUUUGCUUCCCAGUGAUUAUUGAUUAUUUAUUGAAUUAUUGAUUGAUUAUCGGUCAACCAUUUCACACAAUGACGAUUUCCUAAUGCUUACUAAAUAACAGAGUAAAUACAGAUUUCCAAUAAUUACUAGAUUCCUCACAAUAACGUCAAAUGAACAACAGUCACCAAUUCCCAAUAACCAUAAUGGCUAAUAUGGCGUAUACCAUUAUAUAUAGAAUUACCAGUACUAAUAAUUAACUCAUUGCCUGCAGAUUACCAACAAUCUUGAUUGACUGCAGAUACCCAAUAAUCACUCAUUCGACUCCUAAUGCCCAUAUCAUACCACCAAAUUACCAUAAGGAUCAUUACAAUUUUCCAGAUACCCAAAUUUCAGACACCCAAUACUCACAGAUAACGUGAAGAAUUGACGCUACCCAAUAAUCGCCAUUAAUCACCAGUAACUACAGAUUUCAGCUACCCAAUAAUCACCAAUAAUUACAAUCAUUUUUCCAACAAUUUCCGAUACCCAGUAAUCACCAAUCAUCAGCAAUGAAACCCGAAAAUCAACGAUUACAGAAUCUUAAUGACUUCCGAAUCCCAAUAAUCACGACUGCCCUCUUAAUUACUCACGUGGUCCAAUUUCCAAUAAUCAAUAAGCCCUGAUUAUGAUCAGUCACCCGUUAAUUAUUGACCUUCACUCAUUAGAAACCAAAAGAACGUUGUGAAGAACAACCACCAGCCCUGCGACUCCCAACUGCUUGUAACUGCUCAGUAAACUUUUACAGUAGGCAGCUGUGACGUCAUCACACCGUGCGCUGGACGUUUGUUUAGUCUGGUCUGUUGCGUUCGUUCUGCUUUUUUGUGUAAAAUAAACACUGGGAAACACUGGACACACACACACACACACGUUUGACCCUGAAGCCUGCGUUUCUCGUGAGGUUUUUAUGUUUCAGAACCUCGUGAUUGGUCGUGAAGCGGAGAAAACAAGGCAAAUGCAAAGAAAAAGGCCGAACUGGACAAGUGCUCGUCUGAAAAACGGCCUGAAAUACUUGAAGGCGUGCAGGUACACAGAACUCGUCACUGCCCCCUGGAGGACACUGUUCAGCACCGCCGCCGUUCCAUUUCAUCGUGUUUUAACCAAUCCUAAUCUCCAAUUCAUCACGGGACCAAUGGGCCCAAGGAAGGAACUUUUACUGUUGGAGCACCAGAGGGGAAAACAAGAGGUUGGAAAACCCUCCAGGGAAACUGUCGAAUCCCUGCUUGUGAAGGAUUUUCUAUUCGGACUUCCUGCACUGAACUGGCGUGUACAUACGGAUUUUAAAUCGCAGCGUACCCACAAUAUCACAUGCACACUCAUCGCUCCAUUUGAUUUUGUUUGUUGUUUUUUUCCCCUCGUGUGUAUUCGUGGCCUUCUUUUAGCCAACAAUGGGAACCUCGGCGACGUGAUUAAAACCCCUGACACACGCACUCCCGGGACCCUCGAACACCAACUCCUGCUACAUCUCCCAAUUUCAAUAUCAUAUAUUGAAAACAAUUUGGAAAAAAACACAAGCGAUUCCAGAUGUGGCGAUUAGAUUCCUGCAGCUCAUCUCCAAAAAAAAAAAAAAAAAAAAAAAAAAAAGAAAAGAAAAAUAAGGAAAAAAAUAUAAGCUCAUGUACAUACUGAAAAAUUUUAUUCUUUGAAAAUUUAAUUUAAUUUAAAAAAAAGUCUUAUUUUAUUUUAUUUUUGCCUGCACAAUAUUGCACGCACUGAAAAUUUCUCUCGAGUGAAAGCACCGAACAUGAGCCUGCGUACCGAAACCCCACAUCUGGCAACACUGUAUUCUUUAUCUAGGUUUAUUUUUUUUUAUUUUAUUUUUUUUUAUCAUUUAGUAUACAAAAUAAUGUCUGGUGAUUUUAUAUAUAUAUAUAUAUAUAUAUAUAUAUAUAUAUAUAUAUAUAUAUAUAUAUAUAUAUAUAAAAUAGGUUUUUUCUUUCCUUUUUUUUUUUUGCUAUAUGGGGGAAUUGUUUAUGCUAAGUUUAAAAAAAAAAGAAAAAGGAAAUAAAAAAGUGUGAACAUGUGCGUGCGCUUGUCCCAGAUGGAACGUGUUUGACAUUGGGGGACAAAAUGAAGACUUUGCAAAUUCUGUAGGUUUUUACUUUUAUGAUCGUAGGAGGUCAAUAACAAACUUUUACACUGGAAUUAUCAAAAGUAAAUGGACAAAAAAAAGAAAGAAAGAAAAGAAAGACUACUGAUGAGUGAUGUGUAUUAAAAAAAAUAUUUUAUUUUUAUUCAUUUAUUAUAAUAGUAAUUUAUUGCUCUAUAUUAUAGAUUGUUUUACGAUUAUUUAUAUAGUACCAUCGUCCCCCUCGGCGUCACUGUUAUGAACAAACGUUGCACCUUUGUGAUCGGAUUAUAUGUUUAAGGGGGAAAAAAAUCAGCAGGAACCUCAUUUUUUUUCCAAUUUUUUUUUGUUUACGCAUUUGCACAUUUAUGUAUAUAUUUAUAGCUAUAUGAACGGGUUUUUUUUCUCGCUCACAGAGAUCUGAGUUUGUAUAUAAUCGUGACAGCCAAACUUUCUUUUUUUUUUUUUUCCCCCCCCCACACUUUUUUCUUGGGUUGGGGGGGGGUUGGGGGUAAUUAUUAUAAUUCAUAUUUGUUUACAGUCGUGGACGGAGUGUGAAAAAGGUGCACUUGUGAUGAAACAAGCCAGUCAUUAAUUCCGACUUGUGUCGAAACGAGUUCGGAAAGUCGGCGCCGUAAAUCACUCGAAGUAUUGAUGCGAGACACGACAUCAUGUUUACUGCUCAUUUUUUAUACCCUUGCUUUGUUUUUGUUUGUUUUUCCAUCCUCCUCCCUGUGUACAUGUGCGUCGACUUUCUCAUCAGCUUUGUGUUUCAGGUUAUGACAGUGAUAGAAGAUUACAGGACAUUUUUCUUUUUGAUGAAUACGCUGGAUAUAUCUUUAUUUUUCAAUAAACUCUUUUUGUGACAACAGAAAAAAAA